ACUGGUUAAAAGUUGCUGUCGAGCAAAGAUAUGUUAAAUCAUUCGAGUAUAAAUCUUUUGAGAAUUGGAAAAUUAUUGGGAGGGGAGCACGUACCAUCUUGUAUUGUGCUUAUUCUAGAGAUAUCGAUCAAAUUGUAGCUUUAAAGAGACAUUUCGACACCGAGAGCGUUCAUGAUUUUUUGAGACAA